AUGUUCUCCACAUCCACCCCACCCCCUGGGCCGCUAGAGAAAGUCUUGCAGUACAUUGAACUCCAUCAAGAUGAAUUUGUGCAGACGCUGAAGGAGUGGGUGGCCGUCGAGAGCAACUGGGUGCAGCCGGUGCCCCGCCUGCGACGAGAGCUGCACCGGAUGGUGGGCCUGGCUGCGGACCGGUUCCAGGGCCUGGGAGCCCGCUUGGCCUCGGUGGACACGGGCUUUCAUCAGCUGCCUGAUGGUCAGACCCUCCCAAUACCUCCCAUCCUCCUGGCUGAACUGGGCAGUGACCCCAAGAAGCCCACGGUGUGCUUCUCCGGCCACAUGGAUGUGCAGCCUGCCAGACAGGAGGACGGGUGGCUCACGGACCCGUACACGCUGACGGAGGUGGACGGAAAACUUUAUGGCCGAGGAACAACAGACAACAAAGGACCUGUUUUAGCAUGGAUCAAUGCGGUGAGCGCAUUCAAGGCCCUGGACGAGGAUCUCCCGGUGAACGUCAAAUUCCUCAUCGAAGGGAUGGAGGAGGCCAGGUCUCUAGCCCUGGAGGAACUUGUCUGGAAAGAAAAGUCUGGUUUCUUCUCGAGUGUGGACUGCAUUGUGAUUUUGGACAACCUGUGGAUUAGCCAGAGGAAGCCGGCGCUCAUCUAUGGGACGUGGGGGAACAGCUACUUCACUGUGGAGGUGAAGUGCCGGGAUCAAGAUUUCCACUCGGGGACCUUUGGUGGGAUCCUCAAUGAACCCAUGGCGGAUCUGGUCGCUCUUCUUGGCAGCCUGGUGGACAAGUCUGGCUGCAUCCUGGUCCCUGGGCUCUAUGAGCGCGUGGCCCCUGUUACAGAAGAGGAGAAGAGGAUGUACGAGGCCAUCGACCUGGACGUGGGCGAGUUCCGGAGCAGCAGCCGGGUUAAGGGGCUCCUAUUUGACACCAAGGAGGAACUUCUAAUGCACCUGUGGAGGUACCCAUCUCUUUCUAUCCAUGGGAUUGAGGGUGCAUUUCAUGAGCCUGGAGCCAAAACAGUCAUUCCUGGCCGAGUCAUAGGAAAAUUCUCCAUCCGGUUAGUGCCGCACAUGGAUAUGUCUGUGGUGGAGACCCAGGUGAAGCAGCAUCUUGAAUACAUAUUCUCCAAAAGAAACAGCUCCAACCAGAUGACUGUUUCCACGGCACUAGGACUGCACCCGUGGAUUGCAAAUAUUAGCGACCAUCAGUAUCUUGCAGCAAAAAGAGCCAUCAAAACAGUGUUUGGGACAGAGCCAGAUAUGAUCCGGGAUGGGUCAACCAUACCCAUCGCCAAGACCCUCCAGGACACCACCCAGAAGAGUGUGAUAAUGCUGCCACUGGGUACUGUGGAUGAUGGAGAGCACUCUCAGAAUGAGAAGAUCAACAGGUGGAACUACAUACAGGGAUCCAAAUUAUUUGCUGCCUUUUUCCUAGAGAUGGCAAAGCUGCGUUCAUCAUGGUAG